GGUGUGUGGUCAUUUUCCAGACAAGGGCACAUGGAGCCCGGGCAGCUUGUCCCAAGGCCCAGCACUCCCUCCCACCCUCUCUGUCAAAGGCUAGCUGAUCACCCCCGCCCCAGGGAGGAUGAAUCUUGACCAUCCACAGGGGGUGAUAGACAAGAACAGUGGCCAGAAGCUGCACCACAUUCACUGAUUUUGGGGAAUAUUCUUGAGCCCCUGUUCUGCACACUGGACAUGGCAGGUGCCGCCUGGGGCCACAUGCUGCCCUCUUGCCUAGAUGUUUGGCCCACGGUGGGAAAAAGCAGCCUCCAGGUUGGAUGUGAAUGGACCAGGCCUGGGACAGAGCCCACGGGCCUCGGCCAAGCAUAGCCAGUGUCCCAGUGCGGGCGCUGAGCUGGCAGCCCCGCCCCCAGAGCAAGGCCCCGGGCAGCCGAGGGGGCAGCCACAGCGGGCGGCUGCCGGAGGAGCACCUGUCACCUGCCCGACUGCAGGCCCUGGCCCAGGUGGAUGACCUCCGACUGGUGAGCGUGCUGGAGCUGUGUGUCAACACCCACGAGAACAGCCUGGGGAACUUUGGGCUGCACCUGCCCAACCUCAGCCAGCUGAAGCUGAACGGCAGCUGCCUGGGCUCCCUGAGGGACCUGGGCACCUCCCUGGGCCGCCUGCAGGUGCUGUGGCUGGCUCGCUGCGGCCUGGCUGACCUGGAUGGCAUCGGCUCCUUCCCGGCCCUGAAGGUGGGUCUGCGGCGCUCCGGGGAGUGCGGGGGGAGGGGGGCCCUGACUGAGCCCCCCCGUGCCCCCCAGGAGCUCUACCUUUCCUACAACGACGUCUCGGACCUGAGCCCGCUGUGCCUGCUUGAGCAGCUGGAGGUGCUGGACCUGGAGGGCAACUGUGUGCAGGACCCAGGGCAGCUGCGCUACCUGCAGCUGUGCCCGCGGCUGGCCACGCUCACCCUGGAGGGCAACCCGCUAUGCCUGUGGCCCGGCCCCGGCCCCGCCCACCAGGUGCCCCAGGGCUACAACUACCGGGCAGAGGUCAGGAAGCUCGUCCCCCAGCUGCAGGUCUUGGAUGAGCUGCCGGCCACACACACACGCCUGACGACCUCCCGGAAGCUGGACCACGACUGGCUCGUGGUGAAGGAGGCCAUCAAGGAGGGCAGCGUCCUGGACAGCCUGCUCCCCGGUCUGGGUUCUCCCCACGGAUCCCCCGUUUGGAGAUGCAGCCCCGAGCUAUGCUCACCUGAGACCCAGCGCAGGGCCCCCAGGCCCUGGCCCUGCUCCCUGCUGGUCCCCGGGGGCCCCCUGCCUGCAGGCCUUCUUCCCCAGGGCCCAGCCCCACAGGACGACGCCAGCAGCCUCACCCACGGUGCCGGCCGGGUCCUCUGUGGAAACCCCGCCAAAGGCCUGCAGGAGCGCCGGCACCAGUGCCAGGCUGGGGCGCACCCGGAGAGGCUGCCGCCUCCCGGGCCCGAAGACCUGGCCGCCCGGGCCUCCGCGCCAGGGCCUGACCCUGCAGACAGCCGCCACCUCCUGGCCUCGGCCAGCCUUCCGGCCUUGAGGGAGCUGCGCCUGCGUCCCCUCCCCAGUAGGUGCCUGGAGUCCCGGGAGGAGGCGGCUGCCGCCCCUGGGGGCCCACAGAGGGGCCCUGAGGAAGAGCAGGACGAGGCUGGGCCCACGACUCGCCCCCGCCCCCCGAGCCUGGCCCCAGAGCCUUCCAGGACCCUGGGCUACAACCUGACCCCCUCUCCUCCCAAGUCCCUCAUGCCAUCUGACAGGGGCAGCAGCUCCUGGGGGUCCACAGAUCUGCAGUUUCGGGGGCGUCACCUCAGAGCCCUGGGUAGUCUGGGGCCUGGCCUGGGUCAGGGGCUGGCUGCAGUGACUGCUCUGAGAGCCCUAGAGGUGGCCUCAGGCCCCAGCCCUCGAGCCGAAGGCUGUCCAGGCCCAAAGCCAGCACCAGAUCCAGCAGCCAGACCCCCAGCCUCCAGUGCAUGCCGCACCUGAACCUCAUCGCCCCAGCCCAGCCCCACCCCUAGUGUACACCACUACCCACUGCCAGGCUGGCCCGGGCGGUAGGCAAGGGCCCCAGGGCGAUCGUGGGAGCCCCCGUGUGAACUCUGGCCUCACAGAAGCCAGAGGACCUGGGCGGGUGUGUUGGGGGGUGGGAAGUGAGCCUGGUACAGGAGAGGACCCUCUUGGUAGAGGGAAGUUAGGAAUUGGGACCACCAAGGGUGGGAAGAGGGAAAGCCCAGAAGAGGAUGGUCCAACUCACCACCGCUGGCCCAGCUGCCCACCUCUUCCGUCUGGCCUGGCCUUCCCUGGAGGAGCAGGCCUGGAGGAGAGCAGACUGGGCCCAGGCCGAGGUGGCCGCAGCUGGGCCCUGUCCAUCCCCUGGCCAGCCCUCCAGCCGCCCCAGGGCUCUGAGCCACCCUUGGGUUGCCGUGGUCCCGAGCAGAGGCUUUUGCCCUAGGCCAACCAGGGUGCGACCACGCCUCCCAUCCCUGGUGGACUUGUGGGGUUCCCCGCGCGGGGAUGGGGUGGCCAGCUCCCUCCUCUUGGGGCCGGAUACCCGGAAACCAAGCGAAUCAUUUUCGACUCCCAGGUGUACAGAAAUGCGGUUUACUUGGUAGGCGGCGUUGGUUCAAUAAACUAUGCAGCUGGCACCGCCUGCCUCCGGCGUUUUCUCCCCGCCCCGCCCCGCAGCCACUGUC